ACUCCAUUUCCGCUGCAGUAGAGAGAACGGGAACGUCAAAGAAAGAAAAAUGUGUGGCGAAAGGACAUAUUGAGGCCGGGGAAGGAACGCUGAACUACAGACAUCGUCUUUCCACAGCUUGGUAGAUCGAUAUUGUUUGUUACUUGGACGUCUCGAUCGAGUGUUUAGCGAAUAUAGCGGUUGUUUCGUGGUGAACAGGCGUAGUUGAGACUCGUCCCCUUGUUCUGCGGUUCGCUUUGAGGAAGCAGGUCCGCUAGCCAGCUGCGGUAGCUAGCUCGCUAGCUGUUUAACGGCUCCCACCAACCGAGAUGGGGACAAGAGCAAGUCGCCUACAAGAAGACCCAGUUCCCUCAGCUUUCGGAAAAGAUGGCACAAAGCGAGAGUCGUACCGGCGACCCCGCUGUGCCAGGCCCACCAGUCUCAUGGUAGACUUCUCGGGGAGUUUUGAGGACACAGAGGCCAACCGGAGCCGAUCGGAGGAGGGCAGCGACUCGGACAUCGGGCAACAAGCGAGCGCCGACGGAAGCCCCGCCGACCACCACAGCCUCCCCUCCAGCAUCAGCCAAGCAUCGCCAGCGGACGACAACGGCGAAGACAAACCGGAGGAAGAUGGGAAUAUAAGCCCCGAGGCUCCUGUCAAUGCGGAACAUCAACCCGGAGAAGAGACAGGCCGCAUACCCCACCGCACUUUUUCUGAGCGCCUGCCCGGGAAUCGGCACUCUUCCGGGCGUAAUGUCAGCGCAAGAUCCGCCCGGGUCCGAGGCACACACCAGCGGCCGGUGUCAGAGGCUUGGAUCGGCCUCUACCGCGUCAACAACCGUCAUGGCAAUAUUCGCUGUCCUUUCUGCUCAAAGCCUUUCCCCGGAGGUCGGAUUGAGGAUCACCUGUUGAGCUGCCUCACGUCUCCUCCUCUACCAUACAAUACGGAUGUGCUCAGUAAAGAUAGCGGCGAGUGCUCUAUCUGUUUGGAGGAUCUGGUGCAGGGAGAGACCAUCGCCAGGCUGGCUUGCCUCUGUGUCUACCAUAAGAGUUGUAUUGAUUCCUGGUCCAAGGUGAAGCCCUGCUGUCCUGAACAUCCCUUCGAUUGACUUAAGGGGUCACAUGUAUUCCAUACAGUGACCAACCUGACUCAGGAGACUACACUGAAUCCCAAUACUGCAGAAAAAAAAUGUAUAUUUGAUUGAACAAACAAAAUCCCACUUCCAGACGUGAGCCUGUAUUUGAGAGGAGGAGAGGCGGUCCUAAGAAGAAGAUCCGGUUGGUAACACCUGACCCUCUCCGUCUGGAUCAGUCCAUUUGAACUCGGUCUAGACCAUUUCAAGCCAAACUCCCAACAAUACAAACAGCUGCUCCAUUAAUUUGUGGUCCAGACUAUUGUUGGAACAGAAGGAGGGGGUUCCUCUGUCUCCUUUAUGGACUUGGCUUGAAACCGCUGGACGUUAAGAAACAUGUCAAAUAAAUCCUAUCAUCCCAGAACGAUGCAACAUCCCCUAGAAAUAUCUUUUGAACUUGGGGAGGAACGCAAAAAAAAAUUGUCUUAGCUGUGACUCUGCAUCCUCCCCUGUGUAUUUUUUCCCCACAAAUGGGAUCAGUCAUUUUAUCUACCGUUUUGCAAAAAAAAAAAGAAAAGAAAAGCAAGUAUUGUUCCAUGUUAUACAUUGGAUGAAUGUUUCUUUCCUCGGCUAACCCCAAUGAACCAACCUCAUGCUGAAAGAGUGAACUGUUACCACGUAAAUAUCGUAUUGCUUUACUUUGAAAUAGCUGGAGGUUGAGGGCUUGUUUUUUUGUGAACGGGGGGCUGCUGUUACUAGGUGUUUUCUGUUAUUACCUGUACACAUUUCAGUGGAAGUUUGGGGGGGGGCGAGUUGAUUGAUUGUUUUACUGAGUAGGUCAGUUUUUGCAGAUGGUUAGUUAGCGCUGAACUUAAUGUGCUGCUACUUGGUGGUGGUUUAGGAAGGCUGUAGGUAUUUCAUAGGGCCAUAGUAGCGCUGGUGUCGGUACCAAUUUGAGCACUUUUGUCCCUCAAGGCUGAUUUUUCUAAAAUAAGGUCUCAGAUAAGGUUGUGUGAGUGUGCGUGUGUGGGUGUUCAUAUGACGACUAGGGACAGGAAGUGUCCCGAUGAUGACUUAUGUAUUCAAGAAUGCGUGCGUGUGUGUGUGUGUGUGUUUACAGUACAUUGCCCGGAGGUCUGCUGGUCAAGAGGGUUCCCUUUUUAAUUUUUUAAUGCUAGUUUUUAAACGACAGUCACAGUGGCAACAUAUUUCGGCACAUGUGGCAGUGCUGCGCGACAUGGCGGCUCAUUGGUUCCAUUCAACUUUGUUAAAAGAAUGCGGUUUGGGCCUCGUCCCACUCCCUCCUCACUCACACACUCUCUCUGGGGAGUAGUCCGGAUUUUUGGACCAGACCCCGAGCGGUAGUUUGGCCAUCUGGUUACAUUAAUGCCGGAUCGGGGAGGGAUGGAGGGGCGGGAUGGAUUGAGGGAUGUAUUUUUGGGGCAUGUUUACGCCAUGUGGCAGCUGCCACUCUCCCCAACACUGGAGGCUAUGGACAGCUGAUGGCUAAUUAUUGUAUUAUCUCCUCCCCUCCUCCCUUUUUUAAGAUUUAUAGACAUGUAUCAUCACCAUUGUGAUUUUGAUUAUCGCUAAACGUGUUAAAUGGCUUCUCUUGCCUUUUUUUUGUGUGUUGAUUGCCUUUGCCUGGUGAAGGGGUUCAUGUGCAAGCGAGUAUUUGUAGUGUUUUUAGGGGUGAGAUGAGAUGCUAGCCUUGCAGUAAGGCUGCUGAGACGCAGAGCCUGUCUGAUUUAGGUUGUGGACAGACCAGCCGCACAGAUAGGGGUUAAACAAAAACAAAACAAAACAAACAAACAAAAAAAAAUCAUGAAUUCAUUGCUUUUGCUGCCUGCUCUAAGGCCAUGUCUGUUCCACAUGACAAAUAUCUAUCCUACCAUGGUGUGGAUCCGUAUAAAGGUCAGCUCUGUGCAAAGGUCUCCCAUUGGCUAGUCCCCCCCACCCCCACCCCCAAGCUUUUUUUUUUCUUUCUGUUUUUUUUUUUUUUUUAAUCCCACGUGUUCUGCAGUCUGAGGUGCUAUGACUUGUCCUGCCACUAGAGGGCAGCCCUGUGCAUGUUUCCCUUUUUAUGUAUUGAGAAAACAAGAACAAUGCCAAAAGACAGUCUGUACUUUGGGAGCUGUGUGUUGAGAGUGCAGAAGAUGAGCAGAUACAUUGAUCAUUAGAUGUUACAUUUGUUGUGAUAAUGAGUAAUGACCUUGUAUACUUGGAGUGGGAGGGGUGGGGAGCACGGGGUGGGAGGGUCGUUGGGUUGUCAGUAAAGAUAAUGGACAAUCUGAGGUCCCGAGUGUCAAGUCAUUUUCUUUCUCCCCCCCUGUGAGCUGUGUGGUGCAAUACCUCAAUUUCUACCAAUGCUAACUAAACACUCUGUGUAAACUAGCUCCUCUCCAACCAAGGAUGACAUUUUGUAUGAUGCUCCUCCAUCCUCGGUUUCGAAUCGCAGAGUGUUUGAUCCCUCGUCUGCCCGGUGCCGAUCCAUUAGAUGAGAGUAACACGAAUGUUUUUAAAAAGAGUCACCACAGCGGUAUCUGCAUCCCCAAGAUAUGGACAAUCUGCCUUUACUCUGGUAUAGAAACAAAUUGAGUUUUAUUUAUUAAAUUGUAAAUAUGUAAUGCAAUUCAAAAAAUGGCUUGGUCUUUGUCUGUUCAAUAUACUGUUUCUAAGCUCCGAUCUUUUGUAUGUCUCAGAAGUUGUUUUUAUAUGUAUUUUUUACAAUAAAUAUAUUAUGUGUGACA